CGUUGCCUGUCACUUCCCCACUCCUAAAUCACUAAGGAUAACUCUGGUGCUUGACACACAUCAACGACACGACGGACUAAAAUUAAGACGGAGGGAAGCUGUAAAACUGAAUGUUUGUGGAAAUCUAGAGCAGUGCGGCAGUUAGGCGUGAAGGGAGACUGUUUUUCGAUCUUGACCGCGUAUGAAGAGUAUGAUUGUGUUCAACAUGGAUUAAUAAGCAGCCGGCGAGGCUCGUACAGUGCAGUUGCCCGUAGAUGAACGACCCGCACCAUGCCGCCGGGGGUUUACUGCGACCUGCAGGAUGUGUGGGAGAAGGAGGGUCGGGAACAGGUCACCAUGGAGUUCCUCCUGCCGACGGGCAUCUACCUCAGUUUUCCCGUAGCAGGCAGUGACACCAUCGCCACAAUUAAAAAGAUGUUGUGGAAGAAUGCUCGGAGCGAGCCUCUCUUCAGCAUCCUGAGCGAUCCCGAUGCUUACGUGUUUACCUGCAUCAACCGGACAGCGGAGCGGGAGGAUCUGGAGGACGAGCAGCGGCGCUUGUGUGAAGUGCGGCCAUUCCUGCCUGUCUUCAGGCUGGUUGCACGUGAAGGGGACCGAGUGGAGAAGCUCAUUAACACCCAGAUUAGCCUGCUCCUAGGCAAAGGCCUGCAUGAGUUUGACACGCAAAAGAACCACGAGGUGAACGAAUUCCGGACGAAAAUGCGCUCCUUCUGUGAGGAAAAAGCUCAGGAACGGCAGCGGUUGCCAUGGCACCAGUGGAUGGAGUACAACUUUCCCUGUGACUUGGAGCCGAUCUCUGUAGGGGCUCAAAGUGGGAAGUCGCACAUAAACGUCAAAAAGAUUUUUAUCAACGUCAAGUUUGAGGCCAGCGAGGAGAGCUUCAUGCUGCAGUUGGACCCACAGGAUCUCCCUUUGGUCCUGAUGAAGAGCGCGCUCAGGAAAAAAGCCACUGUAUUCCGGCCAGUGAAGCAGGAGAAGCCCGAGGAUUACACCCUGCAGGUCAACGGGAGAUGGGAGUUCAUCUACGGGAAAUACCCGCUGUUCAGGUUUAAAUACAUUUUCUCAUGCUUGUACGGAGGCCUGACUCCCCAUGUGACCAUGGUGCAUCACUCCACUAUCGCUAAAUACCAAGAGGAGCAGGGGGGCUUGAGCAACCAGGUCUCCAAGAGCCGCUCUCAGUCUAAACCUCCACCUCUGCCUCUGAAAAAGCAAAACACAUCAUCACUGUGGUCCAUACAAGAGCCCUUCUACAUCCACCUGCUGCAUGGCACUCGGGUCAACGCCGAUGAGAGCAUGAAGCUUGUAGUGCAAGCAGGUCUUUUCCAUGGCAGUGAGCUUCUCUGUAAAGUGGUGACCAGCGGUGAGGUCAGUGUGUGCUCAGAUCCAGUGUGGGACCAGAAGCUAUCGUUCGACGUCAACCUAUGUGACCUUCCUCGCAUGACGCGCCUCUGUUUUGCCCUCUAUGGCGUGCUCGACAAGCCUAGGAAGCAGCGGUCAACCAAAAAGAAGAACAAAAAGGCUGACUGUCCUUUGGCCUGGGUGAACACGAUGUUGUUUGACUAUAAGGACCAGCUGAAGACAGGAGAUAUCUUCUUAUCCACUUGGCCUUCAGCUCCAGAUGACAAAGGUGAUUUGCUGAAUCCUAUGGGCACAGUGGAGAGAAAUCCCAACAUGGACAGCUCUGCAGGCCUCCUCAUUCACUUUGCCAGUUUCAGGCCACAUCCUCUCUACUACCCUCCCCUGGAAAAAUUGACUGAAAUAAACGGUGAGAAGGCAGUUGCCACGAAAGAGGAGAAUUUGAAACUGAAAGAGAUAGUGGACAAUAAAAACCACACCGAGUUCUUUGAGGAUGAGAAAGAGUUGCUGUGGAAGCUACGUGGGGAGGUGAGAGCGAAGUACCCAGAGAGCCUCUCCAAACUGCUACUCAUCACCAAGUGGAAUAAACAUGAGGAAGUAGCCCAGAUCGUGGCUCUAUUACGGAAAUGGCCAGACCUGCCAGCUCUGCACGCUCUGGAGCUGCUAGACUAUAGCUUCCCCGACCCCCACGUCCGCUCGUUCACCAUUCGCUGCCUCAGGAAGUUGUGUGAUGACGAACUCUUCCAGUACCUCCUGCAGCUGGUACAGGUUCUGAAGUAUGAGCCAUACCUGGACUGUGAUUUGACCACAUUCCUCCUGGACCGAGCUUUGUCCAACAAGAGGAUAGGCCACUUCCUGUUUUGGCAUCUGAGGUCUGAACUGCAUGUGCCCUCUGUCGGUCUGAAAUUUGGCCUCAUUCUGGAGGCUUACUGCAGAGGAAGCAUCUACCACAUGAAGAGUCUCAUGAAGCAGAAUGAGGCUCUGAGUAAAAUGAAAGCUCUGAAUGACUUUGUGAAGUCGGGCUCUCAGAAGUCGGUAUCCAGGUCGCAGAUCACUGAGGACAUGAAACUGUGCAUUAAACAGGACACGUACUUGGAGGCGCUAUCUGGUGUCGUGUCCCCCCUCAACCCGAGCAUCAUCCUCUCUGAAAUCUGCACGGACAGCUGUAAGUUUAUGGACUCUAAGAUGAAGCCUCUCUGGCUGAUGUACAAGAACAAGUGUGUACAGUCAGACACUUUGGGCAUUAUCUUCAAGAAUGGAGAUGAUCUGAGACAGGAUAUGCUAACCCUUCAAAUGAUCCAGCUAAUGGAUAUUCUGUGGAAGACAGAAGGGCUGGACCUUAGAAUGAUCCCCUAUGGCUGCUUGUCUACUGGGAAUAAAACGGGUCUUAUCGAGGUGGUGAAAAACUCAGACACCAUCGCAAACAUCCAGAGGAAUAAGAGCAACAGCGCUGCUACUGCGGCCUUCAACAAAGAUGCUCUUCUCGACUGGCUAAAAUCCAAGAACCCAGGGGAUAAACUGGAUCAAGCCAUCGAAGAGUUCACACUGUCUUGUGCAGGCUACUGUGUAGCUACUUAUGUUUUGGGAAUUGGAGACCGCCACAGUGACAACAUCAUGAUCCGGGAGAAUGGUCAGUUAUUCCAUAUAGACUUUGGACAUUUUUUGGGGAACUUCAAGGCGAAGUUUGGGAUUAACAGAGAACGUGUGCCUUUUAUUCUGACUUACGACUUUGUCCACGUCAUUCAGCAGGGCCGAACAAACAACAGUGAGAAAUUUGAACGUUUUCGUGAGUGUUGUGAACAGGCCUAUAAGAUCCUCUGUCGAAACGGAACUCUUUUCGUGAACCUCUUUGCCUUGAUGAGAGCUGCAGGACUCCCUGAGCUCAGUUCCUCCAAAGACAUUCAGUACCUAAAGGAUUCCUUAGCACUCGGCAGAUCUGAGGAGGAAGCACUGAAGAAUUUUAAAGUGAAGUUCAAUGAAGCUCUGCGAGAGAGCUGGAAGACCAAGGUGAACUGGAUGAUGCACACUUUUGCCAAAGAUAACAGAUGAACUCUGGCAUGUUGAAGCAGAGGCUUUGGCAAGCCGUUCGAAUCGAGUCCCAUUUUGAAGCCAGGAUUUGAACCAGUUCCAGAACUAGUUUCUUGUAAAGUGGAAAUUCCUCUGUUGUCUGUGUAUUUUGCUUUGUUAAAUUGUUGGCGUCUUCACUGCAGUUCAGUGGAGGACUCUAGCUACGAAAUGGGGAAUGUCUGAAUUAUUUGUGAGAAAUGUAAGAAAUUCUACAGCUCAUAAUUGCCGCUAAUUUAUCCUCAGUCACUGACUUGAUGCUUUGUAAGGCACUGGAAAAUGUUUUGAACUCUGAAUAUGAAUAUGAUCUGAAAGAAUGCAUGUAUUUAUGACUAUUAGUUGUACAGAAGAGAUUGACUACUGGCCAGGAGAAAGAAACACGUUCGGUGUUUCAUAGAGUUUACAUUCCAUCUUACUUAAAGUUUUACUUUAUCGAUUUGUACUUGAAUGUUUUGGUUGUAAAUAUUCCUUAUUUUGUGACUUGUAUUUUGGUAUUUAAAGUUUUGAGCAGUAUUUUUUAAUUACAUGUAUAAAGAAAAAUCAUGAGAUUAUUCAUAGUUAUGGAUACGAGACAGCGUUUGUAUUGGGGGGAAAAGCAGAACUGAGCCUGAAAUGUUUUGUGUCUUGGAUAUUUGUGACCUGUGGAAUGAGAUAUUUAUUAAGAUCUAAAGAGUUUCUGCACAUGUUCUCCUUGUGUACUUGUGGGUUUCCUUGGGGUUGUCUAGUUUCUUCCCACCCCCAAAAACAUGCCAUUGGGUUGAUUAGUUAUGUUAAAUUGCCCUUUGGUGUGAAUAAGUGUGUGCGAUCCUCUGCACUGUACCUGUGUCCUAUUCUUGGUAUUUUCUCGCCUUGUGCCCAGUGAUCCUGGGAUAGGCUCCGGAUCCACCAUGACCCUGACCAGGAUAAAGCGGUUACUGAAGAUGAAUGAAUGAAUGAACAAUUUACGGUCUGUUGUCCAGACACGUGUUGGCCCAGUAUUUUCCACAAUUUGUUGGCUGUGUAUGCACUCCACAAAGACAGAUCAGUUUAAUUGAUCUACCUCUUUGGUAAACAUCAGGGCAAGGCAAGAAAUAAGUUUUUUGUCCUGGAAGUUUAGAGAUUUGUUAGUGGUUGGAAACAAUGUGCCUACGUUUGAGAUUAACUGCACUCAAACACUUUUUUGAGCUACUUUUGUUUGUGUAAAAUCUCACACUUCUUAAUAUUUAAGUGCAGCUAUGUAUAUUUGAUGUUUUCAUUUUGAUUCAUUUUGAUGUUCAGAUUAAAUCUGCUUUAUUUUCAUAAUGUUAGCUGUAAUGAACCAGAUGUACCCUCCUAUGACCUGAAUGUCAUUAAAUGUGUGUCGGUGUUUGAGCAGAAAUGUGGGUCUGUGGGCCAGAAAAUAUGACAAACACUCCCUGCAUUUCAAUAUUGUUUUUACCACACCCUUGACAAAUUUCCUCUCAGAAGUACAUGCUAUAAUUCACAGCACUGACCACUUGUAAAGUAUAGGAGGAUUGUAACAAAGCAGAUUUUUCAUAACAUUGUACAAUGUACGCAAGGCAGUCUAUUAGUUUACCUACAUACAGGCAUAUUGGCUUGCUAGCUGGUGUCCUGAUUAGCUGUUUUGGUAACUAAAUAUACCAAUAAAAUGUAAUAAUAAUAAUAAUAAUGAUGAUGAUUUCUUUGGUGACAUUUUCUUUAAACAAUAUACAAUUCAUAUUAACCCACUGACUAGCCUUGUGAUAGUAGAUUCUAAUGUAGCUGUCUAAUUAACUAGCUAGCUAGCAAGAAUGAUAAGUAGCCAGGAUGCUAACAUGCUAUCAGAAUGAAACCAAGCUAUGUUCCUGAAUUUUACAGCAAUUUUGACCUAAUCCCUUAGAAAUCCAGGAGCUCUUCUAACAACUUCUUGUGUGCUAAUGAAAUAUUUAAGCAGCGCUACAGAUUCUGUGGAAGAUUCAGUGGAAAGCCGAGAAUAGUACGAUCUAAAGCAGUAUUGAAAUUCAGGAUGAGUCACUUCAAAUGAUCCAUCAGUCACAUGCUUCUCAUCAAUCUCAUCACUUUCUUUGUAUUAAAAUGAUGGUGGCCAAAUCUAAUUGUUACAAAUGUGUAAAUGUUAAAAAUACAAAAAGCAAACAAAAACUAAAAAUCCACAGGAACACGUACUGCAUUCUUAUUUAUUCAUCAGCUAUUUAAUAAAAAUGAUGGCAGAAAAGGUCUGGGACUGGAGUCUGUGGUAUUUUGGUUUUCAGUCAUGUUAGGCAUUAUCUGUGCAAGCCUUGCUUACAAGGUGUUGCUAAAUGUGCAAUGCAUUGUUUGUUAAAGAAAUGCUUUAAAUGUCAUAAAGGACAAAAUUUCCUGA